AUGGAGGGCCCACCGUCAGCUCUGCACAACGUGGAGCCUGCAUCAUACGUAGUCUUCGUAUCUCUCGGCUUCCGGCCAGAGUAUGAAGAGGAGUUCAACAGGUGGUACGAUGAAGAGCACAUACCCAUGCUGGCGAAGGCGCCCGGAUGGAUCAGGACGCGCAGAUUUGUGUUGAAGGACUGGGAGCAGAUGGGCGUAGAGGGUCAGAAGCAGCAGAAGGAGCCGCCGAAGUAUCUUGCGAUGCAUAAAUGGAAGUCCGCGGAUGGUUCCAGAGUGCCGAGUACAAGGCAGCUAUGUCGACGCCAUGGAGGGAGACGGUAA